AUGUUUGACGAGUCGGUUCCCUUUUACCGUCUCUUCCCCUACCGCACUGCCCCUCCCAUCCCCCUCGCACCCCCCCGCCGCUCUUCCUCGCUCCAGCAUGUCGAGGUCACUGGUGACUCUGGUGCUGCUGGGGGUGCUGAGCCUGCGGGUGCUGAGCCUGAGCGUGCGGAGCCUGGGGGUGCUGAGCUUAAGAGUGCGGAGCCUGGGGGUGCUGAGCCUGAGCGUGCGGAGCCUGGGGGUGCUGAGCCUGAGUGUGCGGAGCCUGGGGGUGCUGAGCCUGAGGGUACUGAGCCUGAGCGUGAGGAGCCUGGGGGUGCUGAGCCUGAGCGUGCGGAGCUUGGGGUUGCUGAGCCUGCUAGAGGUGCUGGUGGUACUGGCACUGCUGGUCCCAGAGGCGCUGGCGCUGGAGCUGAAGGCGCUGGAGCUAGGGGUGCUGGAGCUAAAGGCGCUGGCGCUGGAGGUUCUGGAGCUGCUGGUACUCGUGCUGGAGGUGCUAGUGCUGAUGGUACUGGUGCUGGUGGUAUUGCACAGCCGCGACUGUUCUUUGUGUUAUAG